AUGACAGCGUGUCAGAGAGAUAGACGGAGAGAGAUUAUGAUGGCAGCGCUGGUACUGAGUGGACCGUUAAGCUAAUGAAGAAGAAAUCUCCUGAUAAAAAAUGUACAAUGUUUUCCUAUCGUUGUGCAAGUGCAUAAAGGCAUUAAAAGAAAUAACCUCUAUAAAUGGUAGAUAUCCACUAAAUUCAUUAUUUUAAAAGUCUUCAAAUAUAAAUAAGCUUAAUGUGUAAGUCAAAAAUCUAAAAAUUUGCCAAGUAAUUUACCAAUGACCGCUCUUGACUAGACGACCCACACUUUUUACCUAAACUUUCUAUAGUGCUAUAAAAAAUAAUUUUUUUUUUUCAAGCAUUAAAAAAUAAUAUUAUGAUUUUACAACUUUCAGUUGUUAAUUUUGCUAUGGCUUAUGAAUGAAAAAAUUAAUUCAUCUAAAAAUAAUAAUCUAAUAUAAUCCAUUGUUAAGGAGUAAAAUAAGCAAUAACUAUAACAACCUCAUGGGGUAUUGAUAAGAAAAUUUAUAAUAUUUAUUGCAUAAGAUUAUUAUCUUUUUAUGAGUUUUUAUUCAUUAUCUAUGUAAAUUAUGAUCUAAGAUAGCGCCUAACAAAAUUCGAGUUAGGCUAAUUUACAUGCAUUUCCCGCGUGUCCAUACGAAUGAUUGCCUUAUCAGUGUAGCCAAUAUAUUUACAAAAUAACAAUUCUGUAUGUUUAAAUGAAUACACUGGUAUGUUGUGUUUUGUUUAUCGUGUCACUCGGUAGUCGGUUCGUUUGCGGUUCAUGGUGUUUUUUAUGAUCGCUUUUUUUUUUAUCUACUUCAAAUAAGUUUUUGUAUUUUAUUGAUUUUGUCGGCUUUCCACGGUCAUCUUCGUCUGUUUUUCAUAAAGGCUUUGGGUAAAAAUUUAAUUUAUUAUUAUUUUUAGUAUACUUGAGUGUCAUGUAGGUAUUUUGUGUUGCGGAUUGCAUGAACUCCAAAUAAUUGCCAUCAUUAUUUGAUCGAAGUUUGGAUUAUUAUAUUUGGUGUUUACAGGCGCUUUCGGAAAUGGCCAGCCCCUCGUCAAAUUCAAUGGGACCUCCGGGCCCGAAUCAUCAACCGCCUCCUCCGACUCAACAGCAAACACAGCAACAACCACAACAACAGCCACCACAAGUACAACAGCAACAACAACCUACCGCACCUCAGCCAUUACCACCACAAAAUUAUUCCCCUAACCAGCCUGGUCCGCCCGCAUCACCAAACAUGCAGCAGGGAACUCAAACUUUUCCACCUUCAGGCAUUCAAGUAAAUUGA